AUGCUAAAGGUUUGGGCCAUUCUCCUCUUUGGCAGCCUGCUGACCCCAUCUCAAGGACUAGACGGCGCAACUCAGGUUGUUUCCAGCGUGAAUGCAAAUGGAUUAGUAAAAAUUAUAGAUACUGUGCUCCACAGAGGCGACAUUCUCAACAGUGUGCUAGGAACCGUGUCAGCUGGCAAUGGGGGGCUCCUGAACCUGGGAAAUCUGCUGGGCACUGACCUCACAAAGCUGGAAAUUAAAAAACUUACUCUCCCCAAAGUAUCGCUGAAGCUCCUGCCAGGAGUGGGGGUCCAGCUGAACGUCAACACCCAAGUGUUAAUUGAAGGCAAAAGCCUUCUAGCUAAGGUGCUCAAUCUCCAGGUGGACGUGAACAUUGCCGCAAGAGCCAGACUGGCACAGGAUGACAUGGGCGCCCCCAAGUUAAUCGUUGAAGACUGCAAGACGCAGCUUGUUAACCUUCGGCUCCUCAAUGUGUUCCCAGUACGUCCAGCUGUCCUAAACAAGGCCCUUGGGAACCUCUUUCCUGGAGUGCUGUGUCCUUUAAUUGAUACCGUGCUCAACACCGUGAACCCUCUGCUGAGCACCGUGAACUCUGUGGUCCCACUGGGUGUGGUAGGAGAUCUCCAGUACACUUUAGCGAGCCUCCCCGUGGUCAGUGAUGCGGAGAUCAAACUGAAUUUAAAUGCUGUAGUUGAAGAUCUGCUUGGCAAUAGAGUGGACGAUCCCACGUGCUCAGCAGCAACCGUAUCUCUGCGGUCCGUGGUGGCCAGCCCUUCCCAGCUUGGCCUUUCCGUGUGUCUCCUCAGCUCAGUGCUCAAACUGCUGCUGGCGCCCGGGAAUCUCAGCACAGACAUUGCAGCUCAAACGCUUCCCAGUGACACCCCGCUGACCGCCUCUGCCCUUCGCGGGCUCAUUCCUGAGGUCUCUGAACUGCUGCCGGAGUCACAGCAACCGUUGCUGAAGAUCAGAGUUCUGGAAACACCUGCAGUGUCGGUGCAAAAUGGGAAAGUCAUGGUGCGCCUCCCUGCUUCCAUUGAGGUUUCCCCCUCCGCUUCGCCCCAGCAGUCUCUCUUUGUUCUGGAUGCUGAUAUUGUUCUGAGUGUCCAGCCUACCAUUUCAGACAACAAACUCCGCAUCUCCGUAGCUCUGGAAAGAGUCGGCCUCAGACUGGCUUCUUCGCUAAUUAGUGAUUUCAAUGUUGCACUUCUUGAACCAUUAAUCAGUGACAUACUCAAUGCUGCAUACGUGCCACUCAUCAAUGGUGCCCUGGAGGUGGGAAUUCCUCUGCCUAAUCUUCUCAACUUGAAGUGGGAGAAUGGUCUUGUCAAAGUCAUUAAUAACGCUCUAUUGGUUAACGCACUGGCCUAA